AAGUUAGCAGAAAAAAAAAAUCGAUAAAUAAUGAUAAAAGGUGUUGCAAUUCUGGAAGACAUUUGUUUGGCUUAGGUAAUUGAGUCCCACCCAAUUUCUUGGCUAAAAUUUAAUUUAUUAAUUAAAUUUAAAAAUAUAUUCAGCAUUAAUUAAUCAAUAGCCAAUCGUAUCACACAUAAACCAUGCAGGAGUAAAAUUUGAGAGGACCUCUUCUUAGUUAAAAACAUAUAUUAGGAAAGAACCUUUUCUUUUUUUUCGUUUAUCAAUAUUAUCCUACCCUUCUUCCUUAAUUUUUCUUUUUCCUCUAGUUAUCAGAGUCCAUCAAUUUCCUCUAAUCGUUUUCUCCAUGGAGUUCGAGAACCCAAGACUGUUUAUAGGAGGGAUUUCAGAAGAAGUUAAGGAAGAAACACUAAGACAACACUUUAGCAAGUAUGGGGAGGUGACACAGUCUCUUAAAAUUUCCAAGAAAGGAAUUGGGUUUGUUACUUUUGCUGAUCCUUCGAUGGCUAAAGCCGCCCUUCAAGAAGAAGAGCACGUUAUUCUGGGAAGAAAGGCAAGUCUUGUUCAAACCCUUUUUGUUCUUUUGUUCUUCUUUGUGGACGUCAAACCAGCAAAACCAAGAGUACAAACCAAAGAUACGAGGAAUAAGAUUUUUGUGGGAGGUUUGCCUCCUACCAUAACACUGCCAGAAUUCAGAAACUAUUUCGAGAGUUAUGGGACAAUCACUGAUGCAGUGGUGAUAUACGACAAAAAGAGUCAUAGGUUUAGAGGGUUCGGAUUCGUUACUUUUGAUUCAGAGGAAGCCGCGGAGAAUGUUUUGUGCAAGAGUUUCCACGAAUUGAAUAAUAAGAUGGUGGAAGUGAAGAGAGCGGAACCAAGAGAUAAGAAGACGAGCAAUUCUGACCCUCACGAUUAUGGUUUAGUUCCGUUUCGGCUCCCUUAUGACAUUUAUAAUGUUAAUACUCAGCCUAACUAUUUCCCUGCUGAAAGUUAUCUUUGUAUGUGGAAUUGGUCCCCACAUGGCGGGCAACCUCCUUUCGGAAGCUUUCAUGUUGUUUAUUUUAAUUUUAACUCCUUGACGCAAGUGGGAUAAACAGGAGAACUAUGUACAUAGCAGAACAGGAGAGGAAGGAGUAGUGAAGAAUCAUACAGACGUGAGAAGAUCAAACUUUUUUUUUUUUUAUUUUGAGUAAAAGAAGAUUCAAAUCUUAUUUGUUG